AGGAGACGGAUAUUCUUUGGUGUGGCAUCGGUAGGCCGACUGUUUUCCCUGACAUCGUGAAUUUAGCCCCAAGGUGAUUCAACUGGGAAAAAGAGGACGGUAGAAAUGUCCUCUCAAAUGUUCGAUGCGGAGCAAACUACCCGUACUAGAACUGCGAAAGUGGGAAUCGAGCGAAGGUUCUGAUCCCUAUUCGUAUGGUUAUAAUCAAGGUACUCCCGAUGAGAAUUACCGGAAUGCAACAUACAUUCUUCAUUCUCUGGUUGACAUCGUGUUGAAGAACGGAAAUUAUCUCAUCGACAUCGGCCCUACAGCAAACGGGACGAUCGUGUUCCCGUCGAGGUCUUCCUUGCUCAAAGUUGGGGAGUGGCUCAAGUUUGCGUAAACCAUUCAUUCUGCGUGAAAUGAUAUCCAAUACUUAUUCCAUCCGGCUAGGGGUGAGGCUACUUACGACACGCAGUAUUGGUGUAUGACCGCUGAGGAAGGCG